AUGUGUGGCAGUACAGUGCUAACUAUAAACUGUUGUUUCACAGUCCUCGGUAAGGCCAUUCAUGCGCUGUCACGGAUUGGAAAUGAGCUUUGGCUGGACCCCAUGGUCAUAGGGUUGAGAAAUCUGGCCCUGAGGUCAGUCAAUUCUGCUCAUUCGGCCUAUGGCUGCUUCCUGUUCUCACCCAUGUUCUUCCAGCAGUACAGCUUGGAAUCAGCAUCAAAGCAGGGCAGUGAAGCAAUCAAAUGCAAACUGGUCAUGAAGUCGGUGCUGCCACUGUUUCGGUGUCUGACCUCCAUUGAACGCAGUGUGGAACGAUGCCACAUUUCAGUCAGCACUGCCACCGACCGAGUGAUAAUCCAGUUUUUCUGCAGACAUGGUAUUGUCAAAACCCACAACAUACAUUUCCAGGAAAGUGAGGCUCUGCAGGCUGUGUUUGACUCACAUCUCUGUCCCAAUGUCCUGAAGGCUCCCGCCAGGCUUCUUGCAGACAUGGUGGUGCACUUUCCCCUGUUUCAGGAAGAAAUCACUCUGUCCAUCACUCCGAUGAAAGUCACUCUCAGAAAUGACCAGCAUGGCGGAAAAGGUCCAAUGAAGACGACGUACACAGAGAUGUCCUUACACCCAAACGAGUUUGACUUCUUCCAGAUCGGGCUGGACUCUGACAUAACCUUCUGUCUGAAGGAGCUGAGGGUAACUGAGCUAUUUCAGUACGGCAUAUUGUCCUUUGCAGAGUCUCGCAGUCUUCCAGUGUCGGUUUACCUCGAUGCAGCAGGACAGCCUGUGUGCUUCUCUGUGGAGGACAUGGUCCUUGAGGCCACUGUGCUGCUGGCAACUGUGACUGACUCUGACAGCAGGGACCAUUCUCAACCAACCGAACCCCUGACCCCGAAAAUACCCAGGUGUGUGAGCUCCCCAGCUCAACCUGUGGCUGUGUCUCAGGGACCAGGUAGCAGGAGUUACUCUGUUCCUGAUGACCUGAUUCCAUCCAGCAAGGGCAGCCCUGUAAUCAGCUGUCCCGGUGCAAAGAGCCUCCCUGAGAUCAGGGAGCCGACCUGCCUCAGUGCAGACAGCCAGGAAUGUAACAGCUCCGCCUCAAGCCCUGCGUCCACGAAGGUCUGUUCCCUGCUGUUCGACGCUUUGUCCUCUCGGCAAGACGAAGAUGGUAGUGCUGCCCAGCUGCCUGUCCUGGCAUGUUACAGCGAUGAGGAAAACACUGACAACCACCCGAGAAGCCCUUCACUGAAACCAGACACCUGUGGAAUGUUGGAGGAUGCGUGUCGUACAAAAUGUUUCCUGGAUUUGAUGUUAUCCCGUCGAUCCACAGCAUCAGCCAGCAGGUUUACUAAAAAAAAAUACCAGUAAACAACUUUUGUAAACAGAAUGCAGCCAAAACG